ACAUUAUCCGCGCGUGUACACUCACCACACACACACUCGCUUAGACAUAAGCCCACCCGUCCGCCUAAGUCUCCUACGAAAGAGCUUUUUUCACCACACAGACAUACAUGAAAUCGCAUUUGUCAUAUUUCAUAGAAUAAAAUAAUAUUAUAUUAUACACUCGACAUUGGAUCCGAACUGAUUUUUGUUCUAAAGAAGAAAAAUCUAUCGCAGCAGGGUUCAAGUGCAACCACCAGCCGCCGAAUAUACAGAUUUUCGCACAUAUAUAUCUACUGCCAGUUGGCUUGUUGAGAUGACUUCUUGUAGGCGAAGACUACAACACUGAAAGGCAUCCGAGAUACACGCAGACGUGAUUACUAUCUAGGUGUAUAUAUUAUUAUACACUUUGUCAUUUCACAGUUGAAAAGAGUUGAAAAACACAAAAUAAACACAUUGACACGCAAUAUUUGGUCGUCUGUGUUCGUCAAUAUGAUAUCCGCCGAUAUGAAAACAUUUUCGCUGUGUUUUGUAUUACUGCUGACAAAAAUUUCAGCGUUUGGGUUAGUCAACGGUGAUUCAUCACCAGGGCCCGUGUAUAUCAAUCCAGAUUUAGUUUAUGAAAAACCUGAAUCUAUCGCUUCGCAAGUAGUGUCAUCAGAUUCUCAAAUCACGCAAACGGUAUAUGGAUUUUUGGACUUUACUACAACGAUUGGUAACACUGUUAUGGUAUUUAUGCCACAAAGUGCAUCUGCUUCACCAGGUACUACAGUUGAUGCACCGUUAACUACAGAAGCUACAAUCACUACUAUCGAAGAAAAACCUAUAACAAAAGAACAGCUAGAAGCUGAGUCUAUUGGAAUUACUCCUAGUAAACCAGUAAAUUUACCGAUUGAUUCAAAAAAUGAAGAUAUAAUUGUGACUUCGAAUGAGCCUAUAAUGACUACAAAGGAAACAACUAUUACCGAACCAAUUACCACAACUACAAAAGAACCACCAACAACAAAAAGUUCAGUAAAAAAAUCUGAACAAGAAAAAAAAUCAACAGGAACUCCAGUAACAACAAAAAAAACAAUUACGAAACCAACUACGCCAUCGCCUCAAAAACCAAAACCAGUUGGAAUCUCAAAUAAAGAAUCAUCAGUAAGCUCAAAGGUUAUAGUUUUGGAUGGUUCUAAAGUUAUAGAAAAUAUCGUCACUAAAGUAGAAGUUAUUGAGGGAAAUACUCCAGAACCAUCAAAAGUAGUGGAAAAAGCAAUUUACAGUAAAGUAGAAGUGAUUUCUGGUGAACCGGUCGAGGAAGUGGCCAUAAACAAUUUACAACCGACGCCAGAAUAUGAUUUCUUAUCUCGACAGCCAUCAGAAGUUGUGGAUGAGACAUUUAAAGUAAUAGAUUUAAAACCUAGCAUAUCAAGACACGUACUCGUUCAAAAAAGUCGAGGUCCCGAUGGAAAACUCCGUGCUUUCAACUCAGUAGCAAACUUUAAUACAGAAGAAGAACCUACAACAAAUAAAGCACCGAAAAAAGUAGCUGUAAAAAUAUCUCCAUCUGCAUCCGGUGUUCGAAUCCUAAAAACAGCUGCACCAAAGCCUUCUACCAGAUCACCAAACGUUGAAGCUACUCCAGCUAGCUCAGGGUUGGAUGACGAAUCUUUAGAGUCAUUAGUAGGCUCCCAACCCGGUUCAAUUUUAGUUCGACAAUCUAGGAGGCCGGCUAUAGGUGGAGGAUUCAAUAAAAACAAGUACACGCCUACACCAAAAAGUAAAUCAAAAGAAUUCGAAGACUAUUUGAGUACCGAUGAUGAACAAAACGAAUUUACUUCUGCUCAAAAUGAACCUACAACUCCGAGUUACAGGAAAGGAUCUAAAUUUACCUCGAAAGUUACAACUUCAACACAGAGAGUUCCCAAUUUUAAACAAAACCGAUUUAACAGGCCAACCACUAGUGAGCCAGAAGUAGAAUCAACUGAAGUAUCCGGCACUCAAAGAAGGUUCCAGCCAAGUGUUAAGCGUUACGACAGUAACACGAGUGCAGCUGUAGUCACACCAGCCAACCGUCGAGCUUUCAAAAAGCAUUUUCAACAACAAGAGCAAUCUCCCCAAUCUAGCCCACAACCUAUCCCUACAGCUCCAUUGACAUUCAAAUCCAAACUCAUACGACCAACUGGACGCUGGGAAUACAAAACUUCUCCCAAACCUCGUGUUACCAUUCGUCGUAUUGAUGAAAACCGUCAUGGACAGGAAAAUGCUACAACACCAUUGACACCACAUUUUCCUGACGUACAGAUUGACAACGGAGACCAAGCAUUGGCUGGUUCAGGUUUAUUACCAGCUUUACAACACGAUGAUGACAACGAUGUUUUAGUUCAAGAUGUGAGCCCGACAGCGAAUGCUGAGACUAUCCGAGUGGAAAUUUCUACUCCAGCUGAAUUCAAAGACAUAUACUACGAAAUUGCUACAAUCAAAUCACCGUACUCAUUCCAAGUGGGUUCUGUGAAGAACACUAGAUUUAUAACGGUGACAUCAACGAUUCAAAAGAGCUUGGUAGAACAAACUGACAGCCCAGCACCUACUAGAGUGGAACCACUGUCCGAGAAUAUAUUGGCCAGCCAGGCGCCCAACCUCUACGGCCGCGAGCAGCCAAUCGAUUCGAGCCUAGCUACGCUUCCUCCUAUAUCCCUAUCACCAGACCAGGCCACACCACCACUGGAGACGAUGACUGAGAGCUUUAGCACUACCGAGCUAAUGCUCAAAACGCAUAUCCUGCCAGUAGUUCGGGGAACAGACACAAGUAGUGUAACACUUGUCCAGUCGUACAAGGUAACCAGGUUGGUUACUGCAGUCAAAACGUUGCCACCAAUGGAAGUGUACCAGUUUGUGCCUAGUAAAACACUUAACGAGUUCAAUACGCGGCUUGACGAGGCCGGGUCAGAACUACAUCUAGAACUUGAGUAUGGUGACAACGGAAACCAUGACGAUGAGUCAUCGCACCCGAGCGCAGCCAAGGCAUUCUUAGACAGCUUGGACCUAUCAAACGUAGGCUCGGCGUUCGAUCUAUCACAGAUGGACAAGGUUAAUGGACCGAGGUUGAAGAAAGCAAACCGGAUGGCAUCUGCGUCAGGAAACUCGUCGUCAGUUGAACAUCCUUCACAUCAAUACCAACAGCAGCCGCAAGCGCCCACUAUGAGCCCUGAACAGCUCCAGCAAUUGGCCCUGUACAGGCUAUUGAACCCAAACGCACCUAUACCAGCGCCAGUCAUUACUACUUCUCGACCGGUAUUACGGUACGAGACCGUUUUUGAGACGCACGCCUUGCCCGUGGUCAACGGCGGUGCUACGUACUACACCACCCUUUCACGACCCGUAGGCACAGUUACUAGAACCGAUUAUGAACUGGUCACUACCACUUUAGCUAUACCUCAACCACAAUCGCUACCGUUCCUGCCACAACCUCCGCAGAUCCAACCCACGUCACUUUUCCAGUUCCAGCAAACACCCAUAUUCCCACAGCAACAACCCCAGCAGCAGCAACAACAAUCUAUAUUCCCGGUGCAACCGACACUGUUCCCAGCUCAGCCAUCUUUUGCGAUCACAUCUACGCCCAUCAUCACUCAGUCGAUGGUUACGCAAACCGACAGCAAGGUUCUGAAGCUCACGUUCGGAGCCAAGACCGCAUAUACUACCAUCUACUCCAGCUCCGUGGUGCCUACCCAGGUCACGUCGUACGUCACUCAGUCUGUAGCCGUUCAGCCGACCAUUGCACAGUUCCCCAAUUUCAUCCCAUAUGGAGGCUACCCGUUCCUGGGUUAAACCACCUACACCGGUGCUCACCGCCGUCGCCCGCGUGCCAUUGUAUAAUAUUAUCCGAAAAUCAGCGACCGGAAAUCCAAAUGACCCAUCGUCGUGACUUGUAUAUAACUGUAUUAUUAUUAUUAUUUUUCAUUUUCAACAAUCGCUCAAUUCUCGUGAAAUCAUCCGGUGAGAGCAAAUAAUUAUUACUAUCGGAGAUGCUUGAUUGCGGCCUGAAAAUUUCAACAUCCCAAUUGCACCCUAAUAUCCCUAGUUUACAUUUGUUAAUAAAAUUAUGUAUUAACCUAUAAAUAAGACAACAAUUAUAAAAAUAUGCUGUUAUCACAAAUUUUU